GAUCUCUCACGAUGUACGAAUUGUGUCUUGAAGUAUUUUCUUCUCGGUCAGUUCGUUUGCGAACGCGAACCAAGAUGAAACGGUUUCGAUUUUUCGUCUAACAAAAUUCACGAAACAAGUUCUAAUUGCGCUCCAAAAAACCAAAGCCAGUCAAUUGAUUAAGUUUUUUUUUGAAGAAACAAAAAUCAUUGUGUUUGAAAAGAAUUAGAAAAAAAAUUAUCUUAAAAAGAGUUAAAUUAACGGGUUGAUAAUCUUAUUCUACGAACACAUUGUUUCCAUCCGUUAGUGACAUUUAAACUCGGGUUUAUCAGACUUCCGACAACGCAUAAUCGUAGGCAUUUAUUCAAUCUUACAUCAUCGAAUUCCACAAGGAAUUUGCGACGCACAAUAGAGAUGCCAAAAAUACGCACAUUUCAUCCGAAAAUGUUGUAAUAAAUUAUGGGAAACGCGCGCGUGAACGAAGUUUCUAGUUAGAUGAGACAUUUAAAAUUCUGUAGUGGGUUUGUUUUGACUCUUUUCCCUAAUCUAUUCGACAACAAAAGUUGACGAGGCUCGUGUGUGGAAUUAAUUUAAAUCGAGUGUGUUAAGAGUACAUCGUUUUUAUUAAAAGAAAUCGCAUAAUUCUUUUCACGGGUAUCAAUUAAGGCAUUCAGAGAAUGACUAGUUACCGUAUUUUAUUCGAUGGUCUUUUACGGCUGAAUGAUUGAAUCGCUCGCUCUUACUUCACGUGCAUUACGAAAUGUGCAACCACCAAAACGGCGAAUCGAAUCGUGUAUACAACUUGCUACAGAAAUUCAAGUUUUCAGUGAAGACAUUUCGAAAAAAAAGAUCUCGAUCGAGAAAUAGCUGAUGAAUGAAGUAAAAAAAAAACAAUAUUUAUGAUUUUGGCAAGCGUCCAACAACACUGAUGAAACAAAUUGAUACAUAAAAUGAAAAUGAAGCGCCUUAAUCAGCAAUAACUCAUCGAAUGUUACACAAUUUUCUAUGCUGUGUAUAUGUUUUUAUUCCUAGAUCGUUGGUGUUUACUACGCGCACAUUAAUAUGCGAACGCGAACGCAUAUAACAAGUGAGAGCGAUAGAUUUGUAAACAGCGACAAAAACAACGACGACGGCGAUGAGUAUGACAGCAGCAGACACAACUCCAAAAUAAAAAAUCGAAAAAAAAUAUCACUCCAUAUCCGAUUGUGAUAUCUUUGCGUGAGUUUUAUGAGUCAGUUCGAUAGCAGCACAUGUCUAAAAUAAGCAUUGGAAUGUCAUUUAUACAAAAUAAUCUAUCGUGAAAUGUGUGCGAGCAUGCCCAAACAGAAAAAAAAAUAUAAUCAAAAGAAUAAACGAAAUAGAGACACGCUAUGAAAAAAGAAGCAACAGCAACACAGAGUGUAACAUAAAAAUGACUAAAAAUGCAAAUAAAUACGGCGGUAUGAGCAAACAGAAAAUAUGGGAAGGCAGGAAUCGUAUGUGUGUAAUGCAAUGUGAAACACCAAAAUUGUAAAAUCGAGUCAGUGACAGCGCUGAAUGAAAGAAGAGAAAGAGAUAGAAGCAGAAGAAAAGAGAAAAAACCACUCACGCGUUCAAUCGUAGUGGAUUGAAGACAGAAAGCAAAAGAGAUAAACAAUAAACAUAAGCAACGCAUGUUCGUGUUUUUGUGUGUGCGCCUAUUUUUUUUUACUUGUUGUUCUCUCAUUCUACUUUGCGAGUAAGACACACUUUGUUGAAGUUAUGAUGUCAAGAAUUUCUGGAAAUCAAACAAAUAAUAGCGAACAGCCGAAUGCGAGCGUUAGUAGUGCGACAGCCACUGAUUUGGCGUCGACGACGACGACAUCGGCAGCAGCAGCAGCGUACAACAGCAAGCAACGAAAGAAGCGAAAGAAGAAAAAAGAUAUAUCGUUGACGAAUCAAGCGGUGAGCUGUAGCUGUGGUAAGCGCAUCGAAAGCAGUUGUAAUUCCGUCAGUACGUGUUCGAAUUGUGUGCCGACUGCAUGUGUUUAUUGUCAUUUCAAUGACUUGGCCUAUCGCGAAAACUAUUUCAGCGAACAUUCGUCGCCAUCGCGUUUCCAAGGCGAUUUCUACGAUUUGAACAUAAAAAAUAGCGCCCCAUUCGGUUUUUGGCCGCAUAAAAUCGAAAAUAACGACAAUGGCAGUGGUGCCAUUGUGAGAGUAACAGCCGAUAGCAAUAAUUAUUUUAUGCGACAACAACAUCAGCAACAACGAAAUAUUACUACAUUAAAUCGACGAACGGAGCAACUCCAACGAUUCGCUGUCUAUGAAAAUUUGUGCGAAUUUUGUGGUUUUGCCAUUGGAAACGGCGCCUACCAUCAGCACUGUGAUACGAGCAACAGCAAACGGAACAGUCAUACGACUAAUCGAGAGCAAGACAACGACGAACAACAACAAAAACCUGAACAUAUUUAUGAAAACAUUUGUGAAUCGUGUCGCUCAUUGUUUGAUGGUGAACAAUGCACUGGUGAAACUUGCAUACGCAACAAAAACUCAACAACGCCUCAACAGCAAAGUGUUCCAAUAACGAGUGCUGGCGAAGUGAUUGAUGUGUUGGUGAAAAAACCACCGAUUGCUAACAAUAACCGACAAGCAUUUGGCAAGCAGUUUAGUGAAUUUUUAGGCAGUUUUCGACAGCGGCUAACACCCAAAACCAGUGCCAGUGAAACGAACGAGCGAAAAAAACCCAAAAUCGAAAUCAUUCAUAACACCAACGACGAAGUAUUUAAAACAAACAAAACAUUUGAUUUGAAUGAGAUUGUGCAGUUAAGGAAUCAGUCGUUGUGCAGUGAACAGCCACAGCAGCAGCAGCAGCAGCAGCAGCAGCAGCAGCAGCAGCAGCAACAACAACAACAACAAAGAACGAAUACGUGCAGUGAAUUAAUAAACGGUAGCGAUGAAAUAGUUUGUAGAGAAGUGCCGCCAUCAAAACCGAUUCGUUUAUUUCGAGCGUCGAAUAGUGAUUCAAAUUUCUUCGAAAAUUAUCAUCUGUCGCCACCCCACUUUCAAUCUCCAUAUUCGGAGUCAAUAGUCAGUGAUACGAUAUUAUAUAGUAAUUCGUAUGCGCCCCCAAGUUAUGAAGACGCCAUACAGCAUAGCAAAUACGCGAGCGUUCGCCCAUUCAAACUAAGGGCUCGGAUAAAACCAACAGUAUACGAUUCCACAUCGGCGUCAUCAUUCUUCACAUACGAUUCAUCAUCCGUCUCGACUCUGCAAUCCCGUUCAUUGGCAGGAGGCGAACGAAAAUCACCAAACGCGAGUUUAUCGUUGUUUGACGACGCCGAUGAUUCGGUGAAGCUAUGGUUGAUAUCGCUUAAGCGGCAACCCAACGAAUACACCGAUGAUAGUAGACAAUUUGAAUGUGGCUCAACUAAAUGUCUGCCAUCAAAAAUGCUCAAUGAAAGUGCAACGAAAUUGAAAUGGUCAAUUGAGCACGGUGACAAUAUGAACAUGAGUUCAAAUGUGACUGGCGAUGGCAGUCAAAGCGAAAUACUGCGGCGCAUCGAAUUAUUUAAAGAGAAUUUAAUGGAGCACAAAAUGCAUUCGAAACGAAAUGCCAUUUACAUUAAAGAUUCAAUAUGCGAUGUUACAAUAGAUCCGGAUGCUAUUGCACCGGAUAUUGAAACGACGACAAUGACAACGGCAGACAACGUUCAGUCAUCAUCAAGCCUUUUACCAUCCUCGUAUUGUCAUCGAAAUGGAAGUGAUAGCGCCAUCGACGAAAAUCUCAUGGAAAUUUUUCCGUCGCGUGAACAAAUGAAUCAAGUUACGUAUUUAUCCAGUACAAAUUACAGCGAUGGCAACAACGACGACGAUGACCGACAACAGCAUAUCAAUCAUAAUAUCGCGCUCGAAAUCACAUCACAAUAUUUGCAAAUGCUUAAAACAUUUUACAUGGAACAAGUCACAUUGUCGACCAGUCUCAAUCGGAUAGUGCUCGUGUGUGGUGAUCGUCGUGUUAAUUUUUUGUUGAAAUUUUUAGUGAGUCAACCGCAAAGUUCAUUACAGUAUUCAAAGCAAUUAGUACAACCGGCUAAGUAUACGGAUUUGCAGCAAAUUAUCGAGCUAAUUCACAAAAUGGGCAUCAAGAAACAAUUAGGUGAAUGUGAUAUAGGUAAAGCGAUAAAUGAGAGUGUUGAACAUCGUUUGACUAAAGGUCGGAGAGCUCGUUCAGCGAUAACGAAUGCAUUUUUAAUAAGGUCAGCGAACCUAGUGCUAAGAACCCCACUGCGGGCACGUUACAAGCGAUCAAUCGACGAUUUCGUCAAACGAAAGUAUCGACGACGACCCAGCAUUAUCGAUGCAGGAACAAUGAAAAAAACAUUCGAUGAUUUCAGUAAGCUUGGUGCCAAAGAUUCAAAUAUUUGUGGCAAAUCGUUGAACGAUUUUACAGUGAAAAAAACCGAUUACUCAUCACCAACAACAAUAACAACAAAAGUGACGGACACAGCAUGUGUCAACAAAGCCACGCGAAACCAAAUAGGAAAUAAAGUGAAGAGAAAAGACAGUUCAAAGAGGAACGAAGAGAAUAUUUAUCAACCGAUUUGGAUGUUCAAAACGAUUGGAACGGCUGUUGACACACCACCAGAUGAUGAGGAUUCACUGAACAAUUUUGACACUUGCCAAAAUGAAAGUGAUGAUACAACAGUUCAUGAUGCCAACGAAUGGGAAAUCGCACAAGAAGAAUUCCUUUUCUCCAGUCAACGCAUCGAUUCCGUUCAUCAUUCAAAUGUCACGCGACCGACAAUCAUGAUUAGUCAUACAGCCGAUUCCGAGAUACAGAUGCCGAAAGUGGACGCAAACAACAUUGCGCAGUGUAAUACGAAUGAAAAACCACUUUAUCAGACGAUUUGCGUACUGUACAGUAAUACAAAUCCCAAAUGGAAUGAAAUCAUUUAUGAUUACAAUGGCAACUCAAUGGAAUUUAGUGCGAAUACGGAACGAAAUAAUAUGGACGAGGGUCCCGAAAGUAAUUGUUGUACAACAAACGCAAAUGGGUCAAACAAAGUUGAAAAACAAUCGGCCAAUUUAUGCAAGGAACAAGAAAUUGCAAUCAAAUUAGACAGUGUAAACGCAUGGAAAUCCAUGCUUCGAACAGUUGAUUAUAUUGACGACGAAGAAGACGUGAUUCUGUCGGAAUCGUACUUGCUUCAUCAGAAGUCGGCUGAAUAUAACAAUCAAAAUAACGAUAACCUUCAGAGUGCCCAAUCGGAUGAAUCGGUAUCGGAUACAACGAAAAGUUCUAUUCAAAGCGACAAAACCGAAGAAACUGACCUAUCAUCAGAUGUAUUAUCAGUGAAUUCGUCGACUCCGUCCACAUCACCAACGGCGACAAACGAAAGCAAAAGCAAGAAAGAAUCUGGUUUCUUGAAUAAAUUGCAAUACAAUGUGAAAACACGCUUCGAUGUAGCCAAAGGCAAUUCGAAAAAAGACGAACACGUUCAAGGCCUUCAUUAUAAGAAUCUGAACGGAAAGAUGCUCGCAGAAUCAUCGCCGCCGAUGGAGAUCAAAAGGCUGAAUCACACUGGGACCACUGUGUUCGGGGCCACUUUGGAGGAUGUCGAAAAAGAUGAUAAACUGACGGACAUCCCGAAAUUCGUGGUCGAAUGCAUCAAAGUGAUUGAAGUCGAAGAGAACUUGAGAACAAACGGCAUUUAUCGUGCCUCGGGCAAAAAAGAUAGCAUUGAUAAAUUGAGAAAAAGGAUGAAUGAAUCAAAGCUUCGAAAAGGAACAAAAUAUGUAUCUUUAAAAGAUGAAGAUGUGCACACGAUUACUGGUGCAUUAAAGCAAUUCUUUAGAGAGCUUAAAACUGAACUGAUUUCCGACGAUAUUGUGAAAAAUUUACCCAACGAUUUAGAGAGUGAAGCUAGUCUGGCCUCCAUUCGAGAUGGAAUCAGCACCAUUGACUACUUGUCACGAGAGACGCUGAAAUACUUACUACAACAUCUCAUACGCGUUGACGCCAAUCGCGAAUACAAUUUAAUGAAUGCUACGAAUUUGUCGAUUGUUUGGGGCGCUUCAUUGUUUACAUCUUCCGUCAGUAUUACCAAUGCCUUUGAAACCAGCGAUUUGCUGCGACGCAACUUAUUGAUCAAGGUGCUCAUUCAACGAUACGACGACAUUUUCAUUGACACAGAUCGAUUAAUUUAACAUUUUUUUUCACCAUUCCACUUGAACCAAAUCAUUCGUUACGAAUCACACGCAUACAAACACAUUAGUCUGUAGUAAAUAUAACCCGACGCUAUUAACCAAACGCAUAUAUGAAGCAAAUUUAAAGAAAAACCAACCACAUUUAUUUAUUUAACAACUAUAUUUUUAAUGUGAUAUACUAUUCGAUGUCGAAAUGUUAAAAUUGUUAAUCAUUUAAGAAAUUCCAUAAUUUCAAUGCAUCAUAUGACAUUAACCGAUAACAAUAAACUUAAAUAUUUUAUACUACGCAAAAACAGAAAAAAAUUAAUGACAAAUCGCUUUAUGUAAAACUUAUUCUCUUAUUUGGGCAAUAUAAUAAAUUUUUUGACAUGAAAAAA